GCAUUUUUUUUUCCUAUGAUGUUGAUGAAGAAGAUAGACUUUGUAGAGCUUUAUGGGCUGAUCCAAUCUGUCGAAAAAAUUAUGCACUUUUUGGUGAUAUGGUUUCUUUUGAUACCACAUUCAAAACAAACAGAUAUAAUAUGAUCUUUGGUCCAUUUACUGGAGUUGAUCAUCAUAAAAAAUGUGUUACUUUUGCGGCUUCUUUUGUAGCUCAUGAGGAUAUAUCAUCUUUUGAAUGGGUUUUCAAAACUUUUCUUAAAGCAAUGGGAAAUAACGAGCCUGUGUGUUUGAUUACCGAUCAAGACCCUGCAAUGAAAGUUGCUGUUCGUAAUGUUUUUCAAACUACAGAACAUAGGUUUUGUAUGUGGCAUAUUAUGAAAAAGGUGCCUGAAAAAGUAGGUCGGGCGAUUGCCCAAGACACUGAUUUCUUGAAAAAACUGUGUUCAUGUGUUUGGCAUUUAGAGAUUGAGCCGGCAGAAUUUGAAGAAAAGUGGAACAAAGUUAUUUCAGAAUUCCAUUUGAACGAUCAUGAAUGGUUGGCAUACAUGUACAACAUACGUGAUAUGUGGAUUCCAGCGUAUUUCAGAGACUUAUUUUUGGGUGGCAUUAUGAGAACCACAUCUAGAUCAGAAAGUGAAAAUAAUUUUUUCACUAUGUUCACAAAUCCCCAUCUCACUUUGAUUGAGUUCUACAUGAGGUUUGAAUGUGCAUUGGAUGCUCAAAGGCACACUCAAAAUAAAAUGGAUAAUGAUUCGAAGAAUAAGCGUCCGGAGUGUAAGACUCCAAUUCCUUUAGAGAAAGAUGCUUCUGAAUUGUUUACAACAACAAUUUUCUAUGAAUUUCAAUAUGAGCUUGAAAUUGGAUGUUUUAAUUGUGGUGUUGAGGAGAUGAAGAAGGACAAUGAGCUUUACAUUUUCAAUUUGAGGGAAGGAACUAGAAGGAGGACUUUUGAUGUUGUUUUUGAUCCAACUACCUUUGAUACCAAGUGUUUUUGUAAAAAAAUUGAACGUGAUGGUGUGCCUUGUAGGCAUAUGAUUUGGGUGUGGAAGGCAAGGAUGUUAGAAAAAAUUCCCAAGGCCUACAUUCUAAAUAGAUGGUGUACAAUGGCUUAUAAGAAGCCCAUUUUUGAUUUAGAGGGUAAUGUGUUGGAGGAAUGUAUUAAUGCAGUAGAUAAGAAAAUGUUAUUAAAUGAUUUGUGGUCUGAAAUUCAUGCUUGUGUGAGUUUAGUGCAAAACAAUGAAGAUGAUCUUAGUGAUCUUGUCAAAAAACUUCGAGCCAUGAGGGUAGAUUUGGAACAGAAGAAAACAAAUGGAAGCAACAAUCUUUCGAGCAAAGUUAAAGACAUUGAAAUGCUUAUUGGAGCUAGUCUACCUUCUAAUGUUUUAAUCAAACCUCCUAAAAUUUCGAAGAACAAAGGCACGGGGGUUCAUGUUCCAAAUCAGGUCAAUGUUCCAAAUGAUGUCCAUGUUCCAAAUCAGGUUCAUGUUCCAAAUCAGGUAAAUGUUCCAAAUGAUGUCCAUGUUCCAAAUGAUGUCCAUGUUCCAAAUGAGGUUCAUGUUCCAAAUAGUGACAAAAGAAUGAAGAGUGACAGAGAAAAGUCUAUUGAACAAAGUCAAAAGAAGAAGAGAUUAUGUAGAGCAUGUGGGGAGCUUGGUUAUCAUGAUAGUCGUAAUUGCCCUGGAAAAGUCAAGUGAUAUUGUUGGUGAAUAUACUAUUAAUCCAGUUGCAUGAGAUGUUAUAUAUUUAGAAACAAUAUCUCAUUUACUAGCACGUAAAAUAUU